AUGGAGAUCCCACCUGCCCGCUUCCUCGUCCUGAUGACUGUCAUACGGUUUUGUGGUCGAGCCGACGCCAGCGACACCAGCCCCUCCACUAUAGAUCACAUCCUGGCGGAGAGGGGGUACGACAGACACCUGCGGCCCAACUUUGGGGGUGCGCCUGUAGUCGUUCGCGUCAGCAUGUCGAUCGCCAGCAUCGACCAGGUGUCAGAGGUCAAUAUGGACUACAUGGUGACGAUAUUCCUUCGGCAGUAUUGGCAGGAUAUCCGCCUGUCCUUUGAGGGCACCAACGCUAACCUGACCCUGGACGGGCGCCUGUCGGACCGGCUGUGGGUGCCUGAUCUCUUCAUCCCGAACUCCAAACAGGCGUUCCUACACAAGGUCACGGUGGACAACAAACUGCUGAGGCUGCACCCGGACGGGACGGUACUGUACGGGCAGAGAAUAACCGCAAAGGUGGCCUGCACCAUGGACCUCCGGAACUAUCCCCUGGACGAGCAGAACUGCACGCUGCAGUAUGAGAGCUACGGCUACACCACGCAGGACGUGCUGUUUCUCUGGAAGGACGGGAACGCCUCCAUCCACGGGCUGGAGGAUAUCGAGAUCGCGCAGUUUGACAUCGGCGGCUUCACCACGUCAGAGAACCACGGCUACUACGAAACUGGAGAGUACCCUAGACUGACGUUCAGCUUCCGUCUGCACCGGAACGUGGUGUUCAUCAUCCUGCAGACGUACCUGCCCGCCAUCUUACUCGUCAUCUCCUCCUGGGUCAGCUUCUUCAUUAACCCGGAAGCAGUUCCUGCGAGGGUCACGCUAGGCAUCACCACGGUACUCACCAUGACGACGCUGAGCUCAGCCGCUAAGGAGUCCCUGCCGAAGAUCUCGUACAUCAAGGCCAUCGACGUGUACCUGGCCAUGUGCUUCUUCUUCGUCUUCGCGGCGCUGCUGGAGUACGCCAUCGUCAACUUCAGCUCCGUCGGCAUCGCCAAAAAACAGGCCAGUCAGCGGGGCCAACAGGAAAAGCCGGAGUGUCACGUGUGCCGUUGCCAUGACGUCGAAGCCCACGUCGGGGGCCUCAACGGCGUGUCUUCCCAGCACACCCUGCGCGUCGACAUCGAGAACGAGGCUGCCCGGAAGGAGACCUCGUUUUCGCUUCAGGGUGACGUCAAAGACCAGAGCCAGUCACGUGGGACAUUCCUACCCCCUGCCCAGCCGGGCUACACCGACGGCGCCUGUCCACCUGACGCAGGGAUGGACGACGGGGAGGCCAAGGAGAGAUCGCCUUUCGCGGCAGCUGUGACGACCAUGUUGCAUCACCUGUACGGCAGACGCCCGCAGAUCAAAAACUCCAACAACAUCGACAAGUACUCCAGAAUCAUGUUUCCCUCGCUGUUUAUCGUGCUGAACAUCGUCUACUGGUCAACCUACCUGUACAGACGACACUACUUUGUGUUUUAAACACGCCUCUCCUUGAACGGAAAGACUUUUUGAAAUGUUAUUCGUUGUUUUUAUUCGGUUUGGUUUGCUCCUUGACGACACAGCAUCGUCUAAUGGUCAAUCUAC